AUGACCGAGUCGCCCCUCAUCAAGCCCGAUAAAUCUUACCAAUUCCUUGACCCUUUUCUUGAAGCCGAAACUGACAAGUAUUGCUCCGAAGAAAUGUCGCUCACUGAAGUCACUUCUGUUGAUCUAUCCGCGGUAUCGACAGCCGACGAGGCGGAAGAUUUGAACGAAACUGUCAUAGAAGCUGACUUUUCUGAUAACGAUGAAAAUCAUCAAAAUUUCACCAAAAACGAUCAAGAAUGCGAUGACAAAGAGAUCGACAGUGGCAUCAAAAUCGAAUCCAAAGAUGAAAUCAAUUUAUCAAACCCUGCAGAAGAGCCAUCGAAAAUAGAAGAGCCUGAUGAAUCGCUUCAGAAGGUCGGUCAAACUGUCGUUGAGGAAAAAUCAAAAUCGAUCGUUGAGGAGGUUGAAAGCUCAGAAGAAGCAGAAUCUGAAGAUGAUCGCGAUCCUGAAUUGCCAGAUGAGAUUGUUGAAGAAGUCGACUCAGUCAGCGAAGAAAUAACUGAAGACAUCAAUUCGUGCGAGAAUGAAGAAAGAGAAAUCGAAAAAGAACCUCCACAGAUUCCUACAACAAAAGCUCCUUACUUCAGCGAAAGCAGCGACGAUGAAGAUUUACAAGAUUCUGCAGAACAAGAACUCGAAAAUCUUGUCCAAUCAACAGACGAUGAAGAUGCUCUUCACUCAUCUUUAGCGCCAUCACGCGAGUCGCCGAGAGUAAAUCACGAUCUUUCUGGGCAAACUCAAGGUGUUCUUGUGAACGAAUCCGACCAUGUUCAUCUUUUCUUUCGUAUAACUUAUUUUGAUUCAAAAUUUUAA